AUGAGCUACACCGUCAUCUGUAGCGGAUGCCCUGGGCCACAACAAGAUCUCGUUUUGUCAUUCAGAGAACAGGGGGCCAUGCUCGAUGUAGACAUUGUGAAGUUGGCCAAAGAGAUUCAUGGAAACCUUGUCCCCGAGUCAACCUUUCACGGAAACAUGGAAGGCGCCGACCCCCCUCUGUUUAUCUACUCCAUGCCUUACCUGAGAGGUUCAUCAUACACAGGAGUUCAGCCUUUUUGGGUGGAGAUGGAUUCCAACGAAGAAUCCACCCAAAGAGCCUUUGUCAAGGGCUUGGCUCGGUAA